UUUGUCCCUGCUAAGGGAAAUAGCUGUAACUCGAGUUUUGACAUGAAGCAUCAGUACAAUGGCUGUUGAUAACCAAAAAGACCUUUUAUAUCUUUAACCAGAGAUCAGGGAUUGUCUUUUGGCUCAAUUGAUGCAAAUGGUUCCAGAAGCAUCAUUAGGUUCUAAUUCAGGCUGUCCUCAGGCUGUGCUAAGAGUUACUGAAAGGGUUGAUGCUUAUUUGAGAACACUAUAUCUGAAGCUUCAAUGUGCCUAACAGCUUAAGGUCAGCUGAGGUUAAUACAGUAGGCAAAGUGACUCUAAAACCAGACCCACAACACAGGAGUCUGUUUCAGAACUGAGACUGCAAAUUCCUCUUUCUCUCCUGAAAUAAGGAGAACUUAAAUAUUCAGAUCUUAAGUUCUGAUACUUGUAUAUUGAAUUAUUUUAGGGAUGCCUGUCUGAAAGAAGGGAAGUAUUUAAAGACAGCAGUGUAAUCGGUGCUGAGAUCCUGCAGAUUAAUUGCUUUGUGUGCAGUCAUCAGCAUGCAGAAUGGAAUCGGUUCUUCAGCUCAGAAGGCAGUGCUCUUGCUUUUAGCCUCUAAUCUAAGUACUGUUGACUAAUCCCAGUGGGUAAUAGGAAUCCCAGUGUUGUUAAAUAUCUUUUAUAUCAGCUGAUUUUCUUAAAUAAUACUUUCCCAAGAGUUUUAGUGCCACCAGUUUUGUUAAAAACAACAGUGAAAGUGAAGUGUUGUGUGCCUGAGUCCCAAAUUCUUCCUUCUGAAUGCAAAUCAGCUGUGUGCCGUUUGGUGUCUUGAGUUUUGCUCUACAUGGAAGCCCACAUGGAGGAAGUCCCUCAAAUGCUAAAUGAAAGCUGGUGUGUAGAAAUUUUUAGCUGGAGAAGCUGGUUCAGUUUCCUCUGUUGUAUUCUGUAGAAAGAGAGUAGCAUCUUUUUACCUGAAAAGCAAGUUUUCAUUAGAUGCAGUGAUGAAAUGAUUUUUCAGCUAGAACUUUGUCCUGUCUCCCUUAAAUCAAGGUCUGAGCUUUAGACAUGUCCCCAGAGUGACAAAAGGAUCCAUCCAUAGUAUCCUAAAGCCCUUUAGUUUACAGAAGUUAUCAUUGGCAAAAUGUUUGCUAUAUUCAAAAGGUAUGGUGGGUUUUAAGUUUCACUGUUGUGGUUAGUGGAUGCAGGAUAGUUUCAGAGCAGUAAAGAGAUGGAACUGCAAUUUCAGGUGAGGCACGAUAUGACAGAGCAUUGCUAAAAGCCCCAUGAGAGCAAUUAUGGCAGAGUACAAACACUGGUUUCAUACACUUACAGCAUUUUUAGUGGCUUGUCUUCACCAAAGAGGGCUGGAGGUGUUUAAGUGAAAGCUUAGGGUCAAGGCAUGGCACAUAGAUAAGGUAGAGUUGAAUUUUUUAGUACUUGCAGACCUGAUUUUCUGAAAAUGUGUAUUAGAUAAAAUGUUGGAAGUGGUGUCCUAGCAAACAAAAUGGCAUACCAGUUUUUGUUCUUAAAGUGCACCUAUUAAUGGUGAUGUCAAGUAAGGAAAUCCCGGUAUUAACAACUAAUACAAUUCUUAGAUGAUGAUAGGUAAGAAAUACAAAUACUUGAUUUUGUACUAGGAAAUGAAGCUUUAUUCUGUACAGCUUCAAAUUGUAAAGGUGUAUUUGUCACUUAUUUCAAGGUAUGUUAAUAUUCAAGCUUACUUUUUCCAUUUAAUUUUUGUUGGUUUUUUUUUUUAAGUUAUAGAUCAUGCUUUUAUAUGUAUAUUUUAUUACUUUCAGGAACUAAUUCAGUAUUUGGAUGAAAGUAUGAUAUUCCAAAAGAGGAUACAUACAGGCAAAUAUGGAUUUCUGAAAUAGAAACACGUAUUUAAAAUUUUCUCCCUAAUGCUGCAAGUGCCAAGUUUGCUGUUGUAGGAUCACUUUUGUCUUCAUGAUUCAUUGGAGGACUUCUUUUAUAGUUAAAGGGGGUGAAAAACUACUCUAUAGAUAGGUGUGGUAGAAUAUGUUUACUAAAGAUUAUUUUAUUGUUGUCAUGAACUGUAAGAUAUGAUUAUGUUAGCAAAUGGAGUCCUGCAAAUUCAGGGCUGCAAGAGUAGUCCAGUUGAAAUAAAUGGGUCUUUACACAUGAGAAGUGGCUUGAUUGAGACUUGUAGGACAAAGAUUCUCCUUUAUGAAAAGAAACACUAUUGUGCAGAAGUGUUAUUGAAGAGUACUGCAUGUUUUUCAGCCUGCCACUUUAAUGUUACACAGUCAGAAAUGCACACAUGUUGACUUUAGUUGCAUACAUAGGUAAGAGUACUGCUUCUUUGGACAAAAUAAUAAUUAGAUUUUUUUUUUCCAUUUAGUUGAGUUUUUUUAGCUUAUUAGUGAUUGUAAAUAAUUUAAGGAUUUUAAAAUUGAAGUGGGAGUGACUUUCUAUUUUUUCUCUUUGCAUCAUUUUAUUUUACAGUACAACAGUGUUAAGUGUAUUGUGUAUGUAAUGUAGCAAGGUUUUGGUAUUUGUCAGACUGUGCCAAAAUCCUGCUACAUGUGCCAAAUGAAGAAAAAAAAACAGUUGAAAGUUAAGGAUUUCAAAUACAGGAAUGCUGUUGCUGCAUCAGUCUGCCCUCGAAUCCCCAAGGUAAUGGGGGUUGUAAGAAUGUGGGUGAAUGUAGUAAGAUGACGUGCAAGCAGUUAUUUACUGUGUUGAGGGGCAGUCUCUUGAGAUCUUAAGAAAUUUUACUGAUUCAAACAGACACAGGGGGCUGCUAAAUAGGAUCUUUGUAUCAGCAGCUUUAGCUUUUUUUAAGUGCUUCUUGUGCCUCCAGCAUACCAUCUAGAGGUAACUGUUUUGCUUUUAAGUGCUUAGUAUGCCUUCUGAAAAAGGAAGAGUUACAGCAUGUUCUUUAACAUCUGCAUUUCUAAAGUGUACACGUAAUUUGCUAACCAAAUUAACAGCGUACCAUACACAUAGCCAUUCAGGUUGCCAGCAUCUUCCUUGUGCAGGUUAACUUCAGUGCAAACCUUUGUGCACUUUUCCAGUUGUCCUCGGUAUAGUCUGUACUCCAGUUGCUUUCCAUAUAACUCAAAUAAAUCAAACACAUCUGACAAGCAGUGAAAGGGAAAAGGGCCAGUGAAUGCAUUUCCCAGGAAGGCCAUCACCUACAGUAAGCUGCUGUGAUUAAGGGGUUCUUUCAGGAAAUAACUCCUUGUUUUUACCCUUCUGCUUUAAAUUUCUCCUGCCUUAGCUGUCAAUACUUGGUAAUGUAAAACUUCUGAGACUGAUUUGCAGUGUACUUCUGUUCUGAAAGCUGUGUGUGACAGUGAUUAGUUCCCCCUCCGCCCCUCUCUCUGAUCUAGGUUAACAGCAUUGAGGCAGAUGAACUGCCCUUUUAACACACAGGUUAUGUUUGAAAAGCUGGUUACAUUGAAGAUUGACAAGUUUUAUUUAUGGUAUCAUUGUUAUAGCUUUUCUUUUGGCUUUUAUUAAUAGCUGUCAGAUGUCGGUUUUCUAGCCCUUCAUCCAUGUUUCACCAGGUAGCAGCAUUUGAUGUAAGAAAGGUCUUAUGUCCCUUGCUCAGAAAGAGAAUUCAACCCUUGCCAUAUUGGCUUAUGUGUUUUUAAAUAAUGCUGGAUAAAAAUAUUUUAAAUACUGCUAGGGAUCAGCAGUGACAGGUCCAUGAUUGUAGCACUUCAGUAUUGUCAAGCUUUCUGAAAAUCACAUGUAGUUUGAUUCUAAGCCCUAAGCUGUGUUUUGGCUGCCUGCGCCUCUGGGAUCUCCUGAUGCCAGCCCUGCACAUGGUUAGUAGGGUAUGAGCCAUUUUUGGUACAAAUUUGGGCAACUUGCUUUAAAUAGUAGGAAAAGGAUUCCCUGCAACCAGUCACACUUGUCCUUAGUCCGUUCUUGCUGGUGAACUAGUGGUAGAAGUUACUUGGAGCAUGUUUAAUUAAGGAGUGAAGAAUUUGAAAGAGUUCAGUAUGUCUAUAUUCUGUUUUUCCUAAUAUGAUAUUGAAAAUGUGCUCCAGCAGUGUUUUGUCUGAUCCUGUUAGGUCAGCAAUCAGCUUCCUGGCCUCCUGAAAGUAUUUCUACAGUGUAAUAUAUUAUUAGGGUUACCUCCUAAAGUAGAAAUUUCUUAGCUUAGGUGGGUCAGGAGCAGGAGAAAGUUGAGGUGAUUGCUCCUGCUUAGAGAAGAGAAGGUUGAUUGUUGUUACUUGGCUUGUCUUGUUUAGUUUUGUGGAAAUGCUUAAAAUUACUGAGCUGAUAAAAGAAACCUCUUUGUUUCCUAUAACAGGAUUCAAAGAACACAUGCAGGUGAAAAAAAUUGAUAUAAUAAAAAUGAAAUGACAAUGAUGUUAUGUUGCUGUGCUUGUAAAUUGUGAGACUCCAUGGGAGAAUUUUGCUCUCUUUUAAAACAUGACUUGCUAAAAGUGGAAGUCCUUUUGUGUUGUAGUACUUUGUAGAAAAUUAAUGGCUCUCAUCAGGCUCUGACUACUUGGUAACUCUCUCUAGUUUGGUCAUGCUGUGAAUUAUUACCUGUCCUCUAGUCCUUUUUAGACUGUUACUGAAGUCACUAACUUCCCUCAUAAUGGUAAUAAAAGUGAACCAAAGAAAACUUUAACCAGAAAGUUUUGGGGUUUUUUUAACAUUGUCUUGUUUAAGUGCCUGUGCAUAAUAAAAAUACAUGAGCCACUGAACAGGCUGGGGUGUCACAGGUUUGCAUUUGUGGGAAAAAAAAAAAAGGAAAAAUUAAUUCUGUGAACUUGAUGAAGGUCUUUGGAACAUGUAGCUGGUCUGGUAGCUCUCAGGUGCUGAAACAAGCAGGUGCCCUGAGAUCCAGGAGGUGCUAUUUUUAAUGUAUAUCUGUGUCUUGCAGAUUCAUAGUGAUCUUUCUGUGAAUGUUCUGUACUUGUCAGUUAAAGUUGCUGCAAGAAGCAUGCUGAAAAAUACAAUUUGUUUCAGUCACUGGAAACCAAAUCCUCUUUUUCACAUUGACUUAGAGGUCUGGGUAGGCAUUAAGUUACCUCCAUGUGUGCUGUAAUAAUCCACAACAACAACAAACCACAGAGCCAAUCUGGUUUUGGAAAAUUGCUUGCAAGAUGGAUUUGGCAAUAUUUCUUGUAGAACAGCUGCAUAUGCAUCUGUGUUUUUCUUUCUAUACUAAUGAUGCUGUGUCCCCUUCUCAAAAGAAUUUAAAUAGGUCUUUUCUAGAAUUUAAAAUUUUGAUGCAGUGGGUUCUCUUUGUUACGCUGGGUUGACAAAGCUGAAGUAGGCUCUAGCUUGCUCAGAAAUUGGUCAGGUCCUUUUGGCUGGUUUCUUUUUUUAUUUGUUUGUUUUUUGUUUUGUUUUGUUAAAUGUCUCACACCCAAUGUCCGUUCAAUGUUAAGUGUGUAUGUCUGUCAAGUACUUUGCUAGCCCAGCUGUCCAGAUGUGCGGCCCGGUGCUGUCGAAGUGGGCUCUCACCAUUUAAGCUGCUCCUUGAAAAGCAGUGCAUGGGAUGGGAGGGGCACUCCCGGCGCCUGUCCAGGCAGCCUGGAAGGGAGGGGUGAGUCCCUGCUGCCAAACUGGAGAGUAACAUUUUGUGGGAGAGGCUCUCCAAACAGCUAAACAGUUGGAGUAGGGAAACGUUUAAUUGUAAACAGAAAAAUGCAUCCCAGUGUUUGUUAUCGCUGACUAGUCAAAUAAUCUUUUAGGCACCGACCCAGCAGAUGGGGCUUGUGUCUCCUGGAGCUUCUUGAGGUGGAGCAGGAUCCCAGGCUGCUGUCCUCUGCCCUUGGCUCUUCAGGCACAUUUCGAAGGAUACUUGUGAAAGAUGGUGGAUCGCUUGGCAAACAGCGAGGCAAAUACUAGAAGAAUAAGUAUAGUGGAAAACUGCUUUGGAGCAGCUGGUCAACCCCUGACUAUUCCUGGCCGUGUUCUGAUUGGAGAGGGAGUCCUAACAAAACUGUGUAGGAAGAAGCCCAAAGCAAGGCAGUUCUUCCUGUUCAAUGACAUUCUUGUUUAUGGUAACAUUGUCAUCCAGAAGAAGAAAUACAACAAACAGCACAUAAUCCCACUGGAAAACGUCACAAUUGAUUCCAUCCAGGAUGAGGGAGACUUACGGAAUGGGUGGCUUAUCAAGACACCAACAAAGUCUUUUGCAGUUUAUGCUGCCACUGCUACAGAGAAGUCGGAGUGGAUGAACCACAUAAAUAAGUGUGUUUCUGAUUUGCUUUCCAAAAGUGGGAAGACCCCUAGCAAUGAACACGCAGCUGUGUGGGUACCGGACUCGGAAGCCACCGUGUGCAUGCGCUGUCAGAAAGCCAAGUUCACACCCGUCAACCGUCGUCACCACUGCCGCAAGUGCGGCUUUGUCGUGUGCGGGCCUUGCUCGGAAAAGAGGUUCCUGCUCCCGAGCCAGUCUUCCAAGCCAGUGAGAAUCUGCGACUUCUGCUACGAUCUGCUUUCCACGGGAGAGAUGACUGCUUGUCAGUCCACUAGGUCAGACUCCUACAGCCAGUCACCUAAGUCAUCUUUAAAUGAUGUAUCUGAUGAUGAUGAUGAUGAAGACAGUAGCGACUAAGGACCAAAUGUUUAUCCAUGUGUUGCAAGUUGUGUUUCAAACCAUAUGGAGCUGCUUUUGGGGAAGUCUGUAGUGAGGUUCCUCAGAGAAAUCCUGUUCUAGCCAUGAAAUAUGCCUGAAUAUCUUCAACUGCAAUGUGCCUCAAUCUAUGAAUUCUCUAGACAAUAGUUGUUUUUUUCUCUCCUCUGCAGGGAUAGACUGGUGCAAAUUUUAUUAGCAUAUUUUCCAACUUCAUUUACUUGAGUUGUGUCUAGGUUAGACAUUUGUGGAAGAUUGGAGAAUGAAAUGUACUUUAUUAAUUUAACAACCCAUACUUUCUAAUGUUUCACAUUGGUAUGUUAUGUGGGUUUUUUCAGAACUAGGGAGGAAAACUGUUAGCAUGCACGGGAUGGUGAUGUUUUUGUCAAUCCUGUAGACGGUCUUAUUUUUCUAGCCAUGGUAUGUAAUUAAUUACAAGGUCAUCCAAUGCACAAACCUAAAUGUCACAAAACUUGGGAACUCUUGUUUUGCUGUUACUUACGACUUCCUAUGCCAAGCAGUGCCUUGUACCAAUUGUGCUGAUUCAGGAAGAAACAAACCUAUUUUAUGUCUGUAUUUGCUUAAAUGCUGGUAUCUGAGAGAUUGUUGGUGCUAUUGAAAAUAACUGCUGUGUUCAAAGUGGAGCUUUGACAAGGUCAUAACUGCAUCCCAUGUUGGAUGAUGGACACCCAAAUGUUAUGUCCUCACCUGGGCAGGCAGGCCUGAAGACUCUGCAGAUUCCCAUAGGCUUCAGCAGCUUUCUCCUUGCAGAAGUUGUGUUGUAGGUUGGGAUCUUGAGAUGAGAAACUAAGGGAGAUUCUUCAUGGGGAUUUAUAUACUUUAUUUUCAGAACAGUUUCUAAGUUUCAAAUUUGGCAAAUGCAUACUGAAAUUUUAGUUGGGUGACACAGCAUUUGGGUGUGCUAGCCUAUAUAUUUUUGGAAGUAAUUCCCAAAGAUGUCACAAUUUUUUUUCUUAAAACACUGGUGAGAGUAUUGGCUUUUUUCUUCCCCCCAGGAGUUUUAUUGGCUUGUUUAAAAAUAACCUCGUAUUUUCAACAAGAAGCCUGCAAGUAUCCUUGUAAAACUGGCUUUCCUUUUUACACAGCUGACCUCAGGAUAAAUGUGAGAUGCAAUUUCAUUUUAAAUGUAUACCCAGGACCAAGAAAGAUGUAUUUAAGGGCUAUAAUGAAAUUGUCAGUGCAGAAAAUGUCUCUAUCGUAGUGUUCACUUUAUUUUUCUUGAAUACAGAAGUGUCAUGUUCCCAUAUAAAGGCAGAAUUUACACUUGCAAAGACAUGUUAAACCCCCAAAUAUAUGUUUCUGUAUUUUUAUAAUGAUAACCUCAAUUUUGAAGCAGAAAAACCUCUUUGAAAUAGUUGUAUGGACAUAGUAGCAACUGACUUUAUACAAAAAAAUGUUAAACUUUUGUGUCUAUAAAUGACAAUUUCUGCACUGUUUGCCUUGGUUGGCAAUAAUUGGGUUAAGUAUUUAUUGAAUAAACAAUCAAUGCUGCAUGUUGCACUAGUCUCCCAUUCUGUAUGCUGAAAGUGUCAGUCAUAUCUUUUAUAAAAUUUAGCAGAGUACUUCAGAGCUGUAUCCCUCCAUGAGAUUUCUGGUAGCUGAAGAUGCACUUAGCAUCUGUAGAGAGGCACUCUACAUUCAUACUUUGCCAGACAUUGCUUCAGGUGAAAAUUGCAUCAGCAUUUUUAGCUUAGACAAUUUCUCAAAAUAAGGCUUUCUUUAGAAGCACUGGGGAGUAUUUGUUCUACUUGGAAAUAAAUACACAAAGGGAAAAACACUUUGAUACAGACUCGGGACCAGGAAGAUUCUGUAAAAUUGCCAGAUUGUAUAUAUUGAAAGACUAGUGGAAAUAAAGAGUUGCAUAUACUUUUUCCUUGAAAGAUGAGGGAGUGGGGACCCUGCAGCAGGGAAUAUGGGCUGUCCUGAGAAGGCACUUUGCGUUAAUAGUGCUUACUUUUUGUACCUUUUGGUAUUUCUAUUUUAGGAGUGGAGACUUGCUAGCUUCAGUUUUUCUGUGGAAUCAAAGUACAAACCUCCCUCGUACAUACCUUCCAAUGACUAACAAUCGUUUUCUUCCUUAUCCAAUUGUUUCCUCUUUCUUAAGCUAUCAAAUAUUAACUUGUCCUAUUAAAGAGUUUAUCUCCUUGUGUACUUUCCCCUUCGUUUCCAUAUGUUUUGCUUUUCAGCACCUUUUGGUGGUGGGAAAAGGGUUUCUGAGAGUUAGAUCACAUCUUGUAUUUUGAGAAUGUACUUGUACCUACUUCAUAUAUCUUUUUAUCUGUGAAUGAAACUUGCACUGUGCUGCACUGACCCCUGAAGCUGUAACCAAACCAAUGCGUGCGUGUAGAAUUUUUCAUCUGAAAUUGUUGUAUAUGAUCCAAGCUUUUUUUAAAAAGCAUUAAAAUGUGUUUUAUGGAAA